GUUCGCACUUGUUUUUCCUCCAUUUAAUAUCUCACUCCCAUCUCUUCGUUUUUUGUUUUCUCGAGAAAACACAGUCCCACAAUUUCGUGAUCAUCAACGUUGUUUCGAGGAAGGAAAUAUCGAAAAAAAGCAUGACAUCAGGGACGAGAAUGCCGACGUGGAAGGAACGGGAGAACAACAAGCGGAGAGAAAGGAGGCGGCGAGCGAUCGCCGCCAAGAUCUUCGCCGGUCUAAGAAUGUACGGCAACUACAGGCUCCCCAAGCACUGCGACAACAACGAGGUCUUGAAAGCUCUAUGCAACGAAGCUGGUUGGACCGUCGAAGAAGACGGAACAACUUACAGAAAGGGAUGUAAACCGGUGGAUCGAAUGGACAUAAUGGGAGGUUCAGCAUCCGCUAGUCCAUGCUCGUCAUAUCACCCGAGCCCUGGUUCAUCUUCGUUCCCAAGUCCGGCCUCGUCCCAAUACACGGCCAAUGCCAAUGGCAACGCUGAUGCCAAUUCCCUAAUCCCCUGGCUCAAGAACCUUUCUUCUGGCUCAUCUUCAGCUUCGGCCAAGCUUGCUCACCAUCUCUUUUUUGCGGGUGGUUCCAUAAGUGCUCCCGUCACUCCACCAUUGAGCUCUCCGACUUCUCGAACCCCUCGAACUAGAAAUGACUGGGACGAAAGGAACGCUGGCUCGGGUUGGGCGGGGCAGCGCUUUUCUUACCUCCCUGCUUCCACUCCACCAAGUCCCAGCCGUCAGGUUUUUCCUGAUUCAGGAUGGCUUUCUGGACUUGAAAGUGGGCCGACAUCGCCUACGUUUAGCCUUGUAUCCCGAAAUCCGUUUGGAUUUAAAGAAGAGGCCCUAUCAGGCAGAGGUUCACGAAUGUGGACUCCCGGGCAGAGUGGCACGUGCUCACCAGCGAUCCCUGCAGGUGUUGAUCAAUCAUCAGAUAUUCCAAUGUCUGAUGCCAUUGCUGCUGAGUUUGCCUUUGGCAGUAAUAUAACAGGGUUAGUGAAGCCUUGGGAAGGAGAAAAGAUCCACGAGGAAUGUGUAGCCGAUGAUCUCGAACUUACACUUGGAAAUUCGAAAACCAGAUAGAGCUUCAUGGAAGAGAAUGAGCAUCAAGCAGCAACCGCGGAAAGAGAGCAAAAACAUUCUCCUCCGUCAUCCGGAGUUGAAUUCCAGUUGACAAUCGAGUUAGUACAGUGACCAGAAGCCUCUACAUCCAAUCUCUACCCCAUUAUUAAUUUAUAAAUAGCUCAUUCCUAUGAAUUUGCCUUUUUAAGUUGAAGUUCAUUAGUCUAUUUUUUAUUUCUUUUCUUUCUAAGCUGAAACUUUAGCAGCGGCAUUCGACAAUGGCUCUGGCUGUUUUGUAUGAUUGUGGUUUUCUGAUUGAAGAAAUGGCUUUGAAUGUCUGAUUUAUU